UAUGAAGGAGUGUUGAGAGCUGAUGUUUGUCAACAACAAGAUGGCGAUCGAUCCCUCCCUCACAGAAACUGAUAUUUUUGAUGAAGUAUUGAAAUAUGGCCUAUUCUUGGGUGCCAUAUUUCAACUAGUAUGUAUUGGAGCAGUGAUGUUUGUGCCUAGCAGGGAUGACAAGAGGGAUGGGGAUUCGAGUGAUGAUGAUGGUUCGGAACAUGGAUCUCCCCAUACCUCUCCACCUCACCGGGGCCACAGUCAACACCAUCGUCGGAAACAAGACAAGAAGAAGAGACGAUGAGAUGAGAGAUGAGAAGUUGGUGAACAUAGGAAUGAUAGUCUGAAUUUGGAUCAUGGAACACUUCUUCAAGAAUGGUUGUAGAUUAUUUGUGGAAGUGUUAUACUCUGCUAUACUAUAUAUGCCUGAUGCUGAAUUUAUUGUGAAUAUAACUUUUCUUCUCAUUGACAGUUUAAAAUUUUGUGCCAUAAUUUGAGUAAAUACAUGUAAUCAUUGUAAUAGCCGAUAUUUUUAUUUUGUUGAUUGAAUAUGACAUUCACAACUAUCAGUAUGCCAAAGGCCUCAGGAAAAUUAUAUAGUAAUUGAGUUUCUUGACUCAUUAUGCAACAGUACUGCUCUGCAUUUUUUGCAAGCACAGUUCAUUAUUACAUCUUAGACAUCUGUUUGUACUGUUUGUAUUGUUAUUCCAAUAAAUGCUGUAAUAAACUUGUCUUGUAAUUGAAGUUUUGAAGUUAGAUUAAAGCCAUUUUUUUUUAACCAUUACUGGAGGUAAGUUUCCUUCUAUCAAUAAAUUUACCUAGAGAACCCCAGCUUCACAUAUUUAAAGGAUUUCAUAAAAUUAAUUAAAUGUAAUGCACAGCUUAUAUAUUUGAAACUGUUAAUGUUACAUAUUUUGAAAAUAAAAUAAUUAUAAUUGAAUUUCAAAAUAUAAGCAUAGAAAGUAGCAUUCAGUGAAAAAAAAAAAAAGCAGUGAUAGGAGUUUCUACAUGGAAAAGUGUUGCAAUACUUGCAUUUUGGUGCAGCGAUCUUGUGGCAUUUGUUUUUCUACUUCAAAAUUAGUAUUUGUAAUUGAAAUUAAUGAAAUAUUCUGUUAUAAAAAUCUUAUAAUUUCUUGUAAAAAUAAUGUUUAUUCAUAUUAAUUGAAAAUUUGUAUUUCUAAUCUUUUUCUUUUAAAAUAUGUUAUAUACUGUAAUUCAUAUAGAAAUGCCUGAUAGUUAAUUAUUGUUCUUAGUAUAUUUACUAUAGUAAGCUUACUCAGUGUAUACAGUAAUUAUUGUUGUCAUUAAAGGUAGUAAUUUAGUCUUGUUAUCUUAAAUUCUAAUUUAUAUAUUAUGUAAGUUGAAAGUAAAUGUGCAUCUGUUCCAUUAAGGUAGACUUCAGUUUAAACUAAUUACCGAUUAAUCAUGCUCAUGUUUUAGCCUUAAUGUAGUUCAAAGUAUUAUUGUGAAUCUCUGCCUUCAUAGUAAGUAUUUAGGCAAUAUUUGCAUUAUGAAUUCUGCUUCCUUAAUAUUUCUCUAAUAAAGUUGCACUUCUACAUGGAAUGAUGUGUUCAUCUUCAUGUAAUUAGAUAAGACAACAGGUAUUCAUAUAUGCUAUGAAUAAGUGAAUAGCUUAAAUAUAAUACCCAGGCACUGUAUAACUCUCCUACAGGUUUAUUAUUAUUAUUAUUAUAAUCAAACCCAAGCACUGAACCCUCUUAUAGGUUUAGCACUUCCUCAUAAAUAUAAUACUGAUAAUAAUUAAAUAUUACACACUACUUAUAUUGUAAACUCCCACUCCUUAAAAGUGGAAAAAUGGGUAGUACUGACAAAUUGUGCAAUAAAAUGACCAUAUGCAUAAUCUCCAAAACUUAUCAUAAUUUUAUUACAUUAUUAUGAUCUGUUAUAUAGACAGAUCUUUAUGUGAAUGUUAUUUUGAUCUGUGAUAUGAUAUUCAUGUUAAUUACAUACUGUUUAUGCAUUUUAUUGAAGAUGUCAUGAAGUUCCAUCUAACAUGUGGUAUGUAUAUUUUGUGACCAGUUAUGAAUGUCAGAUUUCUAGUUAAAGGGUAGCAGUCGUGCUUAGUGCAAGUGUUUCCUUGCAGAUAUAAUUCAUUUAUUUGUUUUCGAUACUCUCCACAAAUCUUUAGGACAUUACAGGUUGAUUAGUUUGUAGAGGUUUCUUAUUUUUUAAUACUCUCUAUGAAUGUUUAAAACAUUCCAGGUUGAUUAUUUUAGUAAAGGCUUUCUCUUUAAGGUGAAAUUUUGCAUUUUUUUAAAAUAAAUAUACCAGAAUUAUAUUAUUUUUUUUUUUUAUCUUUCUGUAUAAUAAUAUUCGUGUACUGUAUACAUAAAUGUUUGUCUGCUUAUGAUAUGUAAUGUCAGUAAUAACAGAAAAACAAUAGGUUUGUAUGUCAGUAAGCAUUAAAUACAGUACAGAA